UCGCCUGUGGCGCCUGCCUACAGUCCCAUCACGCCCAAGGUCCAGCCCGUGCUCCCGGCCUGCACUGCGCCGCCGCUCGUAUCGCCUGAAGAACAUCAUGACCCUCACAUGCCCAGAGACGCUCCCUCACUCCUGCCGCCAGCAGCGUCUCGCAUACCUCCGGCGAACUACAUACCCCAGCCGCCGAGUCUCCCGUUCUCAAGCGACGACGCUGGCGAUGCGAUAGCCUUGCGUGCAGCUAUAUCUACAUUGCAGUUCCAAAAGAAGAAGGCGCAGCACGAUAUCCAUACACUAGUCACUAUCAAGCAGCGCGCCCUCGACCAACCAGAGACGUUCAAGGACGAGUUAGCCGCUGGCCGGCUGCGUGAACAGAGGCCUAGCUUGGGCGAUUUGCGUGCGAUCCUGGACAAUAUCGAGGACGAUGACCUGGACGACGAGCCUUCGCAGCUCGCACCUCCAAAGAUCAAGGCGGAGUCGGAGCAUGAAGUCCAGAAGCACUUCCCCAGGAUACCUGGUCCGCAGACUGUAGUGCGGAUGCCACAUGUCAAUUGGGCCAAGUAUGGCAUUGCUGGCGAGCCGCUGGACGCUUUACACGAGCAGCAACGACGUUGGCCGGGCGCGUUCGGGCACGGUGACAGGGGAAGGGAGUAUGCUAUUGCUGCCCCGUACAGUCCUUUUAUGGAUGCAGUGGAA